AUGAAGUUCUCUACUUCGAUCACCUUCGCCUCUCUCCUGGCCGCUGCUCAAGUUGGCAGUGCGGUGCCUCAUGUGCCCAAGAAGGCCCCGCAACUCCCUGAGCCUGACUGUGAUACCUCGCUGCCUGGCUCGGCACCCAGCUCUGUCCCUAGUGUCCCUUCUUCGGUGCCGUUCAGCUCGAUCCCGGUGUCCGUACCGACCAUCACCAGCACCAGCUUCCCCAGCAGCUCCGGUGUGCCGUCGUCUUCCAUCCCGAUCUCCGUGCCCAGCUCGUCGGUCCCUGCUCCGUCCCCGUCCACUGUGACUGAUACGACCUAUGAGACUACCACUAUCUGCCCGGUCACCGAGACCAUGACCUCUGGCUCGAGCACCAUUAUCUCAACUUACAGCACUAUCUCGACUAUUACCGUGACUGCCCCUGGCUCUAGUGUCACCCCGGCAUCAUCUGUGUCUCCUAGCUCUACCCCAGCCCAGGAGUCAACUGUCACCGACACUACGUAUGAGACUACCACUAUUUGCCCGGUCACCGAGACUAUGACUUCUGGCUCGAGCACUAUGGUCUCGACCUACAGUACUAUCUCGACUAUUACCGUCACUGCGCCUGGCUCCAGCGUCACUCCUGCCCCGUCCGUGGCACCUAGCUCAACCCCAGUCCAGGAGUCAACUGUCACCGACACUACUUAUGAGACUACCACUAUUUGCCCGGUCACUGAGACUAUGACUUCUGGCUCGAGCACUAUGGUCUCGACCUACAGCACUGUCUCGACCAUCACAGUCACUGCCCCUGGCUCUAGCGUCACCCCGGCGCCAUCUGUGGCUCCUAGCUCGACUCCCUCCCAGGAAUCAACUGUCACUGAAGUGACCUAUGAGACAACCACUAUCUGCCCGGUGACUGAGACCAAGACUAGCGGUACCAGCACUUAUGUGUCCACAUACAGCACUGUCUCCACUGUGACUGUCACCACGAGUUCUGUUGUUCCUCACACCUCCACCGUCACCCUGACCCCUGCUCCCUCCGAGUCGGCUGUCACUCUGACCACCUAUGAGACCACAACCAUCUGCCCUGUCACUGCCACCAUGACUUCGGGCUCUGUCACAAUGAUCUCUACCUACACCACCCUUUCCACUGCGACUGUGACUGGCACCGUGACUGGUUCCAACCCCGGCGGCCCUAUGACCCCUGCUGGCCCUCCUUCUAGCGCCAAGCCCACCCCCAGCGGCACUCCCUCCGCCGGCAUCACCAGCGUUCCUGUUGUCACUCCCUCCACCGGUGUCACUAGCGUGCCGGCAGGUACCGCCACUGGCAUCGCCUCCACCCCAUUGGUGAUCGUCAGCAGCGUCCGUCCCAACCCUACCACUGGCGCAUCUCCUAGCGCUUCCCCUGUCUUCAACGGUGCCUCGUCCGUGACUCUGUCCUCGGGUCUUGGCCUGGUCGCUAUCGCGGCCCUGUCUUUCCUGGUGCUGUAA